UGGUACUUGCAAACGAAAGUAGGAUUGUUUACAUUGGCAACUUAUCUACGUUUGCUUUAAACCUAGGAUUUUCAUUAUCGUUAUUGAUAAAUACAUUUUAGAAAUGUUAGAUAAUUCAUGUGAUUGAUGGGGAACAAAUAUUUCAUGCACUUCUUGAGGGUUUUUGUAACGAUACUCUGAGGAGGACCGGUACUAUGAGAAAAAGAUAUAUUUAAAGAAGCCACACAUGUACCACAAAUGCAAAACCAAUCAGCUGCUGCAGAUUUCUUCACCCUACCAGAUGCUUUCAUCAUACAUGAACACAUUGGGUCUGAGGACAGAAGCACUGAGUUCAAGAAAGGUCCUGGUUUCAUCGAUCAUGAUUUUCGAAAGAACGUCGCCAAAUACGUGUCAGCGUUUAUCAACAGUCAACAGAAUGGGAAACUCUUGAUAGGUGUUGACGAUGACGGUUCCGUGGUAGGAUACGGGAUAAACCAAGGUCAAGAAGACCGCUUGAAGCAGCAAAUCGACGAUGCCAUCAAGGACAUCAGACCUGCUGUGCACCCGAAUGACUACAGAGUGGCUUUUAUACCCGUGGUCGACAACUCGGGCUGGUUCAUUGAUAACAAAUUUGGUAGAAAAACAGUCAUUUGCAUAGUAGUGCAAGGAUUACACAUAAACCAGGAUGGCAAGCUGUACCAAACCAACCAAGGAACAUAUUUGAGGCGAGACGGGGGUGUACAAGAGCUAGGGGCACAUGAAAUAUACCAAUUCAUAGAAAGGAAAUUCCAAGUAGAGAAUGCACGACUGAAAAAUGACUUUACAAAUCUACAUCAACAAGGGAAUGCAAAGGAAAGACAACUCGAACAAAAGCUGGAAGAGAAAGAUAAACUUAACCGAAGUUUGGAAUCGAAGAACAGACAGUUGGAAGAGGAGCUCAACAGGCUGAAACUUCAGCGAGAGCACCACAACGAUAUCAACGGCACUGCAGAGACAGCUCUGAAGACGAUGGAAGAGGUUCAAAAACUUCGUGUGAUGAUGGAAGCACAACAUAAACGUUCAAAGGUGUGCGCUAUUUUAUAGGAACCAUCACAGAAACGUUCAAAGGUCUGCGAUUUUUAAUAGGAACCAUCACACAAAUGUUCGAAAGUGUUCGCUAUUUUAUAUCAACUAUGACAUAACUGUUCAAACGUGUGCGCUUUCUUAUAGGAAUCGCAACAUAAAUGUUUACUGUAUUCGCAAAACGUUCAUAAAAUUCAUAAACUCGCACCAUUUCUUACAAGUCACACAUGCCAGUCUAGAAGCUGUAAGAGAAUACACGAGUGAUGGGGUUACUCGACUUAACAUGUAUCAUCGUGCAAAACUGCGUAGUUAAGACAAGGCGAAGCAUUGUUGUUUGUAUCCCACUGACUAAAGGACGUCGAAUUUGAGAAUCUUUAAAACAAUUGAAAACACGCAUGAAUUCAUCGUUAGGGCAUUGUUCAAAGUGAUAGUUGUCACGAUUUUCUUAGUAAUAUUACGUUUGUGGUGCCAUUUUCUAUGAAGGAGGUCUUUUUAUUCCAGGGCCGUUUGAAACUAGUCUUUAAACAAUAUUUAUACAUGUAUAUAGAUAUAUUGCCAUUUUAUAUUUAUAAUAUUGCAAGGGUGUCUUCAGAUGGUGUUUUGUAUGUCAUUUAAAGUCCUGAUGUUUUAAUGGCUUGUCGUUAAAAAAUGUUGUUAUAUUUUAUGCUGUUUCUGGGCUUUUAACUUUACUUAUAGAUGUGUAUUAAAUU